GGCCCUCCUCACUCGCGCGCGCCGCCCCGACUCACCCGCCGCCGCCUCGCCCUCACGCACGCCGUCGGCGUCCGCCCGUCGAGGUUCGCUUGCUCCGGCAGCGCCAGCGCCCACCCCCUCUCCGAUUCCGCGCGCUAACCUCCCUUUUCCGUCUCUCUUUGCCUCUCCGAUUCCAGGCCAAUUCUCCAGGCAAGAUGAGCUUGAUAUCUCAGAACGCACUCCAGAAGCGUCGUCUGGAGAAAAAUGGAGCUGAUGAUGGCAAUGAUAAGGGCAUUGGAUCUCCCGUUACUAUGGAUGUAGAGGUUGGGAAGGAAGUCAAGUCGAAGAAUUACAAUAAGGAAAGGAAGAAGAAGAGGACUAAGGUGCUGGAGGCACAGCAGAACAAAGAGGAGGAGGAGAUGCGGCAACUAGAGGGUUCAUUGUUUGGUUCCCUGUACGUGCCAUUGGAGUUUGGCACUGAGGUAGGGGCUGCGGGGGUGGCUCCUGACCAGGAUGCACCUUUGUUCUUCACGGAUAGGUCUGCUGGUGAAGGUGAGGAUGAAUUGCCUAUUUAUGAGGAGGACUUGACCCAUGAGGAUGAAGAAGAUGAGGUGGGCAACAAGGGGAGGAAGCCUGUAUGGGUGGAUAAGGAGGACGAGAGGACACAGGUGGAUAUCGUGAAGGUUGCUAGGUUGAGGAAGCUGAGAAAAGAGGCUGAUGAGCAUUUGAUAUCAGGGAAGGAGUAUGAGGCUAGGUUGCGUGGUCAGCACGCCAAAUUGAACCCCUUCGCUGGCUGGGCUGAUAUGGACCGGAAAGUUCCUCCUCCUGGGGCAUCAGAUGGUGAGUCUGAUGAUGAGGGUGGAGUUGAUGAUAUUCUUCGGAAUAACGACGAGCUUGUUGUCAAGGGUACUGCUAAGCUCUUACCUGGGAUGCUGGACUUUUCUAGGCUUGUAGAUGCCAAUGUCCAGGAGCCAUCGAAUGGUCCUAUUAAUUCAGUGCAGUUUCAUAGGAAUGGGCAGCUGAUGCUAGCUGCUGGUUUGGACAAGCAUCUGAGGUUUUUUCAGAUUGAUGGAAAGAGAAACCCCAAGAUCCAGAGCAUAUUUAUUGAGGACUGUCCGGUCCACAAGGCCUCCUUUCUACCUGAUGGCUCUGAGGUGAUCCUUUCAGGCAGGAGGAAGUUCUUCUACUCAUUUGAUCUGGUGAAUGCUGUGGUUAACAAGAUUGGUCCUUUGACAGGGCGCGAAGAGAAAAGCCUGGAGAGCUUUGAGAUAUCACCAGAUUCAAGAACCAUUGCAUUUGUCGGUAAUGAAGGGUACAUCCUUUUGAUUUCUUCCAAGACAAAGCAGCUCAUUGGAACCCUCAAGAUGAACGGAAGCGUGCGUUCGUUGGCUUUUGUGGACGGUGGAAAUCAGCUACUGAGCAGCGGUGGAGAUGGCCAUGUUUAUCACUGGGAUAUUGGAACAAGGAAGUGUAUCCACAAGGCUAUGGACGACGGUUCCCUGGCAGGUGUUUCACUUUGUACCUCUCAGGACAGCUCUUUGUUUGCCACUGGCUCCACCAGUGGCGUAGUGAAUGUGUAUAAGAGGGAUGAUUUUCUUGGCGGGAAGAGGAAGCCACUGAAGACAAUUGAAAACCUCACAACCGAGGUUGGUGAAAUGAAGUUCAAUCAUGAUGCCCAGAUUUUGGCGAUAAGCUCAAGGAAGGAGAGGAAUGGGAUGAGGCUUGUGCAUGUCCCAUCCUUCACUGUGUUCCAGAACUGGCCUGGGCCUCGUUUCAGCCUUCACUAUCCAAGGUGCUUGGAUCUCAGUCCAGGCAGCGGGUUUUUGUCUGUCGGACAUGCUGGUGGAAAAGUUUUGCUAUACAAGCUGCACCACUAUCAAAAUGCGUGAAACUCAAAUGGUUACAUGGAAAAUCCAGUUUUGACAUUGUAUUUGUACUCCUUAAACUCCAUGGAUUAUCUGUAUGCUGAUUCAUUCCAGUCAUUGCGCUUA